CGAGCCACUCCGACAAACACCACGUGCCACGCGGCCGAGUUGCACGUGCGUCCGCGGAGCUGUCGAGCUUUUGCGCGUCGUGGGUCGCGAGUCGAGCCCUCCAACCGACGCGUCUUUUCAGGCACGACCGUCGCGUUUCGCUAUUUCUUCCGAUUUUUCCCGUUGCACCCUCGCUCAGACACACCCCGUUCCCAUUAUUCGCGCCGUUCACCGUGAAUUCGCGUAUUCGUUCCUCGUUCCGUCGUUUACGUUUCGUAUGCCGAAGAGAAAGAUCGCCUGGCUGACGAGACAGAGGAAGACACUGGCGCUUCGUGGUCCGGAAAAGGCUGGCGGGUCUAGCCGCGAACGUAUUCGAGGCGAAUCUAUCGAGAAACCCCGAGAGGGAAUCACGCAGAACGGAACAGCAGUGACAUCGAAAAAACGAAUAGAGCAAGGAUGGACGUGAGCAAGAGCGAGCCGAGCAAGAACGGGGCAGUGCAAAGGGAAUGCGGAGGAUGCGGAGAGGUGAUCACGGAGAGGUUCCUUUUGAAGGUGUUGGACAUGUUCUGGCACGAAGACUGCUUGAAGUGCAGCAGCUGCCACUGCAGACUCGUGGAGGCCGGCCCGUCGCUCUUUAUAAAAUCCAAUCUCAUACUGUGCAAGAAGGACUAUUUAAAGCUGUUCGGACACACGGGACACUGCGCGGCCUGUAACAAAACUAUUCCGGCAUUCGAGAUGGUGAUGCGGGCGAGGACGAACGUCUACCACUUGGAGUGUUUCGCGUGUCAGCAAUGUAAUUACAGAUUCUGUAUAGGGGACAAGUUUUUCUUGUGCGAGAAUAAAAUCCUGUGCGAGAGCGACUACGAGGAAAGACUGGUUUUUGCAAACAUGGCGGUGCAUCCGCCAUCGACCGCCACGUUGGCGCAUAUCAAGAGACAAGUGAUCCAUCUUCAACCACAGAUCAUGUCACCCGGAGGACCACCGAGGCAAGUGAACGGAGAGGCGACCCAUAAUCACAAUGGCUACGCCGCGCCAGCGAGCACGAGCACCCACACCAUCCUGAACCCCAUGAAUAAUUUAAACGGUAUCAAUGCGCAGACACCUUACGAUACCAAAUGACAAACGAAGUAAACGCAGACGUAUCGAUCGUAUCACAAAUGCGUUGCCAAAUUCGUUUAACGACACGGACGUCUUCUAUCAUCAUUGUCGCUAUCGUAGUAACACUCGGAAUGUUCGCUCGUUACCGGAGUCUCGAAAGCCUGUAUGCAUGUUCGAGGAUCGUUUUCCUGACAACCACUGCGAGUCGUGUCGACGACCAAUAGACGAACGUUCGUAAAAAUCUUCCGUAGACUCGUGUUAAAGAAAUGUCAAACAUUUUCCAAUGACAACUUCUAUCUCUCUAAAACUCUGCUAGAUGAUAUUGUAUCGAAUCGAUGCCUAUCACGCCGUAAUUCCCAACGAGUUUCGACGGACCGUCGGAUCUAUUACAGCCAAGCAAACUUCUCUUCACUCGAUCGCUCGCGAAUUUAUCGCGAAAAGGUUGCGCAUACAGUGACGCGACAGGUGUAACCGGGCUGCGAAAGGCGAACGCGUGGGCUCACGCGCGGAACCAUUGGUGCUGUUUAGACGAAGUUUAAUUGCUCGAAUUACGCAGGCUAAAGUAGAGCGUAAAAAUCAAGGAGGAGGACGAGGUGGGCAGCGAACGGAAGAGCAAACGAGAUGCCAAGAGAGGCAAAGAGAGAAGGGUGGAGACUGGGGUGGCAGGAUGAGGUUAGAGCGCGCGAGGAAACAAUGCGGGUAAACCGAAUGCUCAGGGGUGAUCAAAGUUUGGCCGUUCUUGUAGUCGACUUUGCUGGCCGUUGCGGGGUGCGCCGGUAAAUCUAGCUUUACCGGACUACCGGACCAACGGACUACCGGAGGCAGAACUCGAGGAAUGGCCACGGAGCGAAAUUGGUGAGCGAGGUCGGGUUGGCAGAUCGAAUCGGUAGCUCUGGCUUCGCCAUCCAAACCAGCCAGCUAGCCUCGUCACCCCUUGGGGCUCAUACGUUAGGGGUGACUUAAGCAUUGUUUCAACUUCGAAUCUCCCGGUAGAGGGCCAGAUUGAUGUCGCGAACUUUUCCGUUGCCUUAUUUGCGAGUCAGAUAACGAGGCUGAGUUAUGCCGAAAGUUCUCUCUUUCUCUCGGAUUGGGCCGGCUCGCUAUCGCAAAACGAGCCGAGCGGCCGAAGAAAAUGUUUUAUUUCCAUCGUGCCAUACGCUCGCGGAGAUUUGUCGGUGGCACGCCUCCGGAAAGAGUUUCGCGAUCACUCGAACGAUAAUAGGCUUACGUCUGUCGGAUACGAUAAUUUCGCGGCUGAACGAAUGCCUUUUUCGUCUUCGACGGCUUCGACCACCGCGAUCCAACCUUUCGAGCCUAUCAUCGUUCCUCGUUGUUCGCGUUUUCCUCAUCCAAGCGUUUCGCUCGUAUUUUCUAAGCAUCACGAAUAAAUACUUCCACGAUACUCUACGAUUUUACGCGCGUAGUUCCUAACGCUAAGCGUCUCUGGGACGAAGAAUAAGGAUCAGCGAAGAAGCCGGAGACCCAUAUCGUCUGGUACCACCACUAACCGAUUGUCUAACCAAAUAAUUCGCAUAGAUCACGAUUAAUAGCGAUUGUCGUAGACGAUCUCUAGUCACACUAUCGUAUACCUACAUCAUCGACUAUGCU